AUGGCUAGACUAGCGCGGGGUGCGACGUGUCGCGGCGACGAGUUCCGCUGCGCCGCCAGCAACCUGUGCCUGGCGCCGAGCUGGCGCUGCGACGGGGAGCCCGACUGCGGCGCGCACGACGCCUCCGACGAGGACCCCUACAUGUGUCAGAAAGACUUCAAGUGUCCCGGCAACAGCGCGCGCUGCGAGACGCCGGUGGACGGCCAGUUCACGUGCGUCCCCAUCGAGCAGUUCUGUGACGGCGAGCGCCAUUGCCCCGACGCCAGCGACGAGUGGGACAUCUGCGACAACUUCACGGCGGCGCAGUGCGCGGCGCUGCGCUGCGAGCUGGGCUGCCGGCCCACGCACGCCGGCCUCGCCUGCUACUGCCGCGCCGGCUACGAGGCGGACGCCGGCGGCCGCUGCGUCGACGCGGACGAGUGCUCGCGCGAGGACGCAUGCGCGCAGCGCUGCCACAACACGGUCGGCUCGUACGCCUGCAGCUGCGCGGCCGGGUACCGGCUGCACGGCGACGGGCGCGGCUGCGAGCCCAUCAACGAGCCGGAGGGCGAGCCGCUGUCGCUGGUGGUGGUGACGGCGGGCGACGUGCGGCGCGUGUGGCCGGCGGACGACGCGCCGCCGGGGACCCGCUCGCGGCUGCCCGCGCUCAGCGUGCGCGCCAUCGACAUCCUCUACUCCAACCGGAGCAUCUGCUACGUGCACCACAACCUGAGCGCGGCCGACAUCGUGUGCGCGGACGCGGACGACCUGAGCCGGCGCCGCGUGCUGGGCCGGCCCGCGCUGUUCCCCGACGUGGCCGGCGUCAGCCACCUGGCCGUGGACUGGGUGGCCGGCAACUGGUACCUGGUGGACGGCGGCCGCGAGGCGCUGUAUGCGUGCUCGCGCGACCUGCGCUACUGCCGCCUGCUGGUGGAGGGCGCGCUGGCCAAGGUGCACGGCUUCGCGCUGGAUCCCGCCGUCGGCCUCAUGUUCUGGACGGUGUGGGGCGCUGCGCCCCCGGCCGUGGAGAGCGCCAGCCUCGCAGGCGAGGGCCGCGCCCCCGUGGCCACGCUGAAGCUGGUGUACCCGUCGGCGCUGACGCUGGAGCCGGCGGCGCGCGCGCUGUACUGGGUGGACGCCUACCUGGACUGCGUGGAGCGCGCCGACUACAGCGGGGCCAACCGCCGCACGCUGCGCCGCGGAUACGCUAGCCAGGAGCUGGUGGCGAUCGCGGCGCUGGGCGGCGCGCUGUACCUGCCCGUCUGGCGCAACUCCAGCCUGCUGGCGGGCGCGCGCAGCGUGGCGCUGGACGCGCGCCCCACGGCCGCGCUGGCCUUCCACCGCGCGCGCCAGCCGCGCAGCGCGCAUCCCUGCGCCGCGCACAACGGCGGCUGCGCGCAGCUGUGCUUCCCGGCGUACGAGGGCGGCACCGCGCGCGCGCGCUGCGCCUGCCGCCACGGCUGGCGCCUGGCCGGCCGCGGCGCCUGCGACCGUGUCCACGAGGACGCCUUCCUGCUGCUGGCGCGCGGCGCGCCCCCGCUGGUGCAGGCGCUGGCGCUGCGCCCCCGCGGCUGGGAGGCGGCGGCGCCGGCCACGGACGCGGCGCGCCCCACGGCGGCGGACGCGGACACGCGCGACCACUACCUCUACUACUGCGACGUGCACCGCUACGAGAUCGUGCGCCAGCGCCUGGACGGCAGCGGCCGCGAGGUGUUCGCCGGCAGCGACGUCGACAACUGCGAGGGGCUGGCCGUCGACUGGAUGGGUCGCAACCUGUACUGGACGGACGCCGCGCUGGGCACGGUGAGCGCGGCGCGGCUGGACGCGCCGGGCGUGCGCCGCGUGCUGGUGCGCGACGCCGACUACCUGCACUACCACCCGCGCGCCAUCACGCUGCACCCCGCCAACGGGUGCGACACGUACCUCAACCGGGUGGAGCGCCUGGAGCUGCGCUCGGGCCGGCGCCAGCUGGUCACCUCCGACGCCGUCAAACCCUACGGCCUGGCGCUGUACGAGGGCGCCGUGAUCUGGAGCGAGCACGGCACGGGCGCGGUGCGGCGCCGCGACGCGGACGGCAACGUGACGCAGCUGUACCGGCUGGCGCCGCCGCUGUACGGGCUGCGCCUGGUGGCCGGCACGGCGCGCUCCGGCCGCAACGCCUGCGCGCGCGGCGGGGGCUGCGCCGACCUGUGCCUGGCCACGCCCACCGGCCGCACCUGCGCCUGCGCCGACGGCCGCGAGCCCGCCCCGCUCGCCCCGCACACGUGCCGCGCGGCGCGCGCGCCCCCCGCCCCGCCCGCCUGCCCGCCCAACACCUUCGCCUGCCGGAAUGGGCGCUGCAUCGAGGAGCAGUACGUGUGUGACGGGGACCUGGACUGUUCGGACGGGUCCGACGAGGACGCGUCGGUCAGCGGACCUUGCGACUGCACGGACGGCGCGGACGAGGGCGCGGCGGCGUGCGGGCGGCGCGCCUGCCGGCCCGGCCAGUUCCAGUGCGGCCGCUCGCGGCGCUGCAUCCCGCUGUGGUGGCGCUGCGACGGCGCGCCCGACUGCGGCGCCGGCGACGCCAGCGACGAGCAGGCCUGCGCCGCGCAGCCCUGCGGCGCCGCCAUGUUCCCCUGCGACAACGGCGCCUGCCUGCCCUGGGACUACUACUGCGACGGCCACGCCGACUGCGCCGACGCCAGCGACGAGCGCGCCUGCGCUGACGUCACCACGCCGCCGCCGCAACACGAUAAAAAUGUGGAAGUAAGCGCGUGCGAGGAGCACGAGUUCCAGUGCAACAACACCGAGUGCAUCAGGAAGUGUUCGCCGCAGGAGUUCCGGUGCGACGCGCACGUGGACUGCCUGGACGGGUCCGACGAGGCGCAGUGCGGCGAGCGCGGGCCCAGCAGCGCGCGGCCGGCCGCGGCCAGUACGGCGGCGCCGGCGGCUGCGUGCCCGGCGCCGGCGCUGCGCUGCGACGGAGGGUCGCGCUGCGUGCCGCUGGCGCAGCAGUGCGACGGCGCGGCGGACUGCGCGGACGGCGCGGACGAGGCGGACCGGUGCGGCGAGCCCAUGUGCGCGCUGGCGGCGUGCUCCCACUCGUGCCACGCGGCGCCGGGCGGGCCGCAGUGCGGCUGCCCCGCGGGGCUGGCGCUGGCCGCCGACGGCGCCACGUGCGAGCCGCGCGCGCCCUGCGCUCACUGGGGCGUCUGCGCGCAGGGCUGCGUGCCCACCAAGGCGGCCCACAAGUGCACCUGCGACGCCGGGUACCGCCUCGCCGACGACGGCUUCAGCUGCAAGAGCACGGGUGAGGAAGAGCUGAAAUAA